AUGCCUCUACCACCACGUUGGUAUCAGUUUUUGAUCGGCGCUUUUGCUUCACUCGGAUCUUUCCUUUACGGAUAUGAUCUCGGUGUGAUUGCCGAAGUGAUUGCAUGCCCAUCGUUCUCAAGCAAAUUCGCUGUCAAUGCAACCCAGUCCGGUCUGGUAGUGUCCAUGUUUACCACUGGUGCCUUCUUUGGAGCUGCAUUGGCCGGACCGACUGGUGAUUACUUAGGCCGAAGAUGGACCAUCGCUAUCGGUGCCUUGAUUUUCUGCUUGGGUGGAGGAUUGCAAACUGGUGCUCAGAAUAUUUCCUAUCUUUAUAGUGGUCGAUUCUUCGCGGGUUUCGCUGCUGGCGUCUUGACAAUGAUUGUCCCMCCCUACCAAGCCGAACUAUGCCAUCCUGAUAUUCGAGGAAGAGUUACUUCGUUGCAACAGUUUAUGCUUGGUGUCGGCGCCCUCUGUGCCUCCUGGAUCAGUUACGGAACUUAUAUUGGCUUUUCGCCAUCUGAUAGUGCCCAAUGGCGAGUUUCAUUGGGUAUCCAAAUUAUUCCUGCAGUUCUGCUAGGAAGUCUUAUCAUGAUAUUCCCUGAGUCGCCGCGUUGGUUGAUAGACAAUGGCCGUGAAGCAGAGGGCUUGAAAGUCCUUGCUAAAUUGCAUAGCCAUGGUGAUGAGAACGAUUCAUGGGUCCGUGCCGAAUUCAGCCUGAUUCAAGAAAGCAUUACUUUCGAGCAUGAGAAUGAAGCCAAGUCAUAUGUUGAGCUGUUUACAUCACGAUCUGCUUUCCGCCGCUUGUUCUUGUGCUGUGCCUUGCAGGCCUCCAUUCAAAUGACCGGUGUAUCCGCUAUCCAGUAUUACUCUGUCGAGAUUUUCAAUCAGAUCGGUAUCAGUGGUGACGAAACACUUCGGUAUCAAGCCAUCAACUCUGUGAUCGCUCUACUGGGUGAAUUCAGUUGUAAUCUAGCAAACAUGGUGACUUUUAUCAUUGCCUGCAUCUUGUUGGCUCAGUUCCCGCCUGAAGUCAACAACUCGGGCGCGCACUGGGGUUUCAUCAUCAUGACCUGGCUGUACAACUUCUCCUUUUCAGCCACCUGCGGACCCCUAUCUUGGAUUAUUCCCGCCGAAGUCUUUGAUACACGAACCCGCGCAAAGGGUGUCUCUAUUGCUACCAUGACAUCUUUCGCAUUCAACACUAUGAUUGGUCAGGUCACACCCAUUGCUAUGCAAAAUGUGCGAUACCGAUACUGGUUCGUGUUCAUCAUCUGCAAUUUCACCAACGCGGUUUUCUUCUGGCUCCUCAUGCCAGAAACGUCAAAGCUUCCUCUCGAGGAGAUGAACAGCCUCUUCACAAAUGCACCAUGGGUUGUCGUUGGAUUGAAAAAGGAAGAUUAUGUGUCUCAUGAUCUUGAGCGUCAUUUGGAAGAAGUAACAGGAAAGACUGAACAGAACACGGCACACUAUGAGUGA